AUGGCGGCGACGGGCGAGUGGAACUCGUCGACGAACUUGUCCGCGGACGUCCCCGCGGACCUCAUCUUCAUGUCGACGCUCUUCCGUGAGCCGGCCAGCGUCCGCUUCACCUCGUUCGCCCUCGUCCUCCUCAUCUACCUGGCGUCGCUCGUUGGCAACUCGCUGCUCAUCGUCACCGUGACGUGCGACCACCGACUCCACAAGCCGAUGUACGUGCUCAUCGCGGCGCUCUCGAUCGCCGACGUUAUCCAGAGCACGUCGACGAUGCCGCGCAUCCUCUACGACUUCUUCUCCGACAACUACAUCACGAUGGGCCAGUGCUUCACGCAGAUCUUCUUCUACCACGUGUCGCUCCGCGACCAGGGCUACGUCCUCGCCGUCAUGUCGGUCGACCGCUACCUCGCCGUGUGCCGGCCCCUCCAGUACCCGUCGCUGGUGUCGUUGCGCGUCACUUUCAAGGCGCUCGCACUCACCCUGCUGCUCGCCGCGGCGCAAGCCGUCGGCUACGUGGUGCAGGUGACGAGCCUCGACUUCUGCAGGCCCAAGGUCAUCCUGGCGGCCAACUGCGACAACCUGGUGGUCAUCAACAUGUCGUGCACGCGCAGCGUCGCCAACGUCGUCUACUCGUACGUGAACGUGCUGUCAGGCGUCGCGGCGCCCCUCGUCCUCGUCGUCGCCAUGUACUCGCUCAUCCUCGUCGAGUGCCGCAGGCGCGGCGGGCAGAGGCGCGCCGCCGAGACGUGCGGCGCCCACCUGCUCGUCAUCGCCCUCUACUUCGGCUCGGUGUUCUUCACGAUCGCCAGCGGCUUCCAGGUGUUCGCCCACCUGCCACGCGAGGUGCGCGCUCCCUUCCAGACGAUGCACUACACCCUGCCGCCUGCCCUCAACCCCGUCAUCUACGGCCUGCGCACGGGCGCGAUACGCCGUGGCGCUUCGAGGUUGCUGCUGCGGAGGCGCGGGUGGGCGAUCGGAAACGGUGUCAAAGGCGGCGACGGCGGGCAGUGA